CUGGAUGUCUUUGGGCAGAAUCCUCGCCUGCACCGGCUUUACACCCAGCUGUGCUUCUGCUUCCGCCUGGCCAGCGAUACGAGUCAGCACAAGGCUCAAGUCGUCGACCAUCUGAAUCGCGGCCUGGACGUUCUAGCGCAAGCGUUUCCGUGGGUGGGCGGAGUGGUGACUCAAGAUUCUUCUGGCAUCUUCAAAAUACAUUCAAACUCUACCAAAAAGCCAUGGCUCGAUGUCCAAGAUCUAUCGGACAGCCUACCUUCUAUGCAAGAGCUGGAAACGGCUGGCUUCCCCUUUCGCAUGCUUGACGAGAAAGUCAUUGCGCCUUGCAGCACUUUGCCAGACUCCGAGGAAUCCGACAAAGACGCCCCAGUACUUCUCCUCCGGGCCACUUUCAUCACUGGAGGUCUCCUGCUGGUCAUCAACGGAAUGCACAACUGUAUGGAUAUGGCUGGACAGUGCCAAGUCAUUGAUCUUUUCGCCAAAGCAUGCAGAGGUGAGGGAUUUACCGCGGAGGAGCUGAAAGUGGGAAACAUCUCUCGUCAGAACCUUGUUCCGUUAUUGGAGGAAGACCAAACAUCGACGAAAUUGCCUCCCGGGCAGAAGCAGAUGCCAACAACAACGGCGCCAGCAUCAACGGAAUCAGAACCUCCAAGAGCUGUUUGGCAUUAUUUCACGUUCUCCGCAGCAUACCUUGCGUCCCUCAAAGCCAUCGCGACCACCGACGUCCCAUCUGGGUUCGUAUCGACCGACGACGUGCUUUCUGCUUUCGUUUGGCAGAACAUCACUCGCGCACGACUCCCUCGACUUGACUCCGCGGGCAGCUCCACAUUCGAUCGGCAAGUAAAUGCUCGACAUCAUCUCGGUGUGCCAUUGACAUAUCCUGGUAAUGGGCCGGUACACAAAGUGUCCACCACACGCAAGAUUGCGGACGUCGUCGAUGCUGCAUUGGGCGUUGUCGCUUCGCAUUUACGUUCCUCUCUCAUCAACGAGGACAUUGCCUACAAAGUGCGGGCCGAGGCAACUGCGCUCUCGCGCUCAGUUGCCAGGGGCGAGACGAAGACGGCUGGUCCAUCGAGUUCUCGCAGCACAGUGCCUACGUCCGAUCUGAAGAUGAGCUCGUGGGCGAAGGAGAAUUGCUAUGCCUUUGACUUUGGCGGACUCUUGGGCAAAGCGAGUGCAGUCAGGCGGCCGGCAUUCCCAGCCUGGGAAGGACUGUGCUAUUUCAUGCCAAAGACUUUGGCCGGAGACAUUGCAUUCGCCGUCUGUUUGAGGGAUGAAGAUGCGGAGCGGCUAAUAGUUGAGGAGGAGUUUGGGGAGUUUGGU